UAUUUUACUUCCAUCUUAACAUCAAAAAAAAAUAUAUAUAUAUAUAUAUAUAUAUAAGAAAUAUGUCAUCUAAUAUGGGCGAGUCUAAAUCGUGGAAGAAAAUGAAUGAAGAACGUAAAGCUUUGAAAAAACAACGUAAGCAAGAAAAACUUUUGAAGUCUUUAAAAAGAAACCAACAGCAAGAGGAUGUAACCGCCGAAAAUGCCAAAGCGAAAGACAACAACACGCCGCAGAUUAUUAAAGAAAAUCCCUCUACAAUUUCCAUCGCGGUUCCAGGUUCGAUAUUAGAAAAUGCUCAAUCGAUAGAAUUGCGUACAUACGUUGCGGGUCAAAUAGCUCGCGCCGCUUGUAUAUUUCGUGUGAAUGAAGUAAUUGUUUUUGAUGAUAUUGGCUUAUCGACUGCACGUGAAACCAAAGUUGAUUAUAAUGCCAAAGAUGAAGAUAAGCACCGCACCGUCCGCAAUAGCUGCUUGCAAUUAGCCCGCAUAUUACAAUAUUUGGAGUGUCCGCAGUAUCUGCGUAAAUUUUUUUUCCCUCUACACAAAGAUUUAAAAUAUUCUGGUUUAUUAAAUCCUUUGGACGCACCUCAUCAUCUAAGGCAAGAUAAUAUAUUUCGUUAUCGCGAGGGCAUAGUGACGGAAAAAGCAGCGAAACCGGGUCAUUGUUAUGUCAAUGUUGGUUUAUUAAAUGAUGUCUUGGUCAACAAGGCUAUCGAACCUGGCUUUAGAGUUACAGUUAAACUGGAUAAUCCGGAAGCAAAUAUAAAAAAACAACGUGCUUCAGUUGUUAGUCCAGAUGAGCCGCGACGAGAGUCAGGUGUUUAUUGGGGCUAUACGAUACGUAUAGCGCAUUCGAUAGCUGAGAUUUUUACCAAAUCCCCUUAUCCAAAAGGUUAUGAUGUCACGGUGGGCACUUCAGAUCGUGGUAAAAAUAUUCAUGAACUUGCCCAGCACUCGAUGGAGUAUAAUCAUAUGCUUUUAGUAUUUGGUGGUCUGCAAGGCUUAGAAAGUGCUUUAGCCAGUGAUGAUAAGUUACAAGUAGAUGAUCCAGAAUUGUUAUUUGAUUAUUAUGUUAAUGUUCUGCCUCAACAAGGAUCCCGUACUAUACGCACUGAAGAAGCUGUACUCAUAGCUUUGGCCGCAAUGCAGGAAAAAUUUCAUCCAAUUAUACCAGAUAGUAAAGUGGAAAUUGUUAAAGGUGCCUUACCGCGCAGUGAGGAUACCGGAGGAGCAAUAUUAAAACCACGAGAUUUUAAAUCAAAAAAGAAGGAUCUAAAACGUAAACUAAAAGAAGAGGAAACGGGGGAAUCUCGUCUACCAUGCGAACAAUUACUCAAGACAACCAAAAGUGUUUCAGAAGAUUUUAAUGAACAGAAAGGAAAGAAAGCAAGAACAAAUCCUUUUAAAAACUAUGCAAAUAAUAGCGACGAUGAAGCGAAUGGCACACAGGAGGUCGAUUUUGAAAUCGUAGCAGCAAAUGUAAUGGCUUCUGAGUUUUCCAACAAUGAUGCAAACGAUUUAAGUAGAUUUGAUUAGACAGCUGAUCGGAGAAGAUAGCCUCCACUUCACUGGGAACAAAGUGGCGACAUUGUCCUCGGAAAUGAUUAACUAUGGAACGAUAGUAUCGUGAAAACGUGUUUCUGGAAAGAUAUCCUCUUCGAUUU